AACAUAUUGCGCCGAGUCGACCGACCUUGACGCCGCCGCCGCAUCUUAACUUGUGGGGGACCCGGCAUGCCUUCAAUGCCCGCUCCUAGGUACGCGGUGAUGUCCCUUUGAUCCCUAACGAAGAACCGCCGUUCCGGCCCCGCCCGUUCCGCCCGUUCCGCCCGUUACAUGUACCAUGCCUUUCCUCGAAAUGGUGUACACCGGCAAGGUUGACGGCCACCUCCUUCGGGGCUGUUGUAUCGAAGCCGACCGUGCCGACAUCGUCUCCCUCUACCUCGAGGGUCUCCGCAAUGCCCUCCCGGAUCACUUCCAUGCCCACAUGACCGCCCUCAUCGAGGAGAUCCAUUCCUCCUCCCGCGCCCUGCGAGACUUGGCCGAUCAAUCGCAGGCCCACCUCAGCCGCGUGCCCAUGAUGCUGAACUACCUCAACAUCGUGCUGCCCUGUCUGUCCAGGACGCUUCACGACAUCACGGCUUAUUACGAGGACAAGACCGUCUCCAAGGAGAUCCGCUGGCGUAGAAUGUACAACAAAAUGAAGGAUGAGGUGGGAGGGCUGCCCCUCCCGCAGCGCUUCUUGAUAUAUAACCACUUCCUCGGCAUGCUCAAGUUGCUUCUCACCAGGUCGCCCAACUUUGACCUCAACGCUCUUGACUCGCUUCGGUCGCGGAUUAUGCAGUUGCGGGAAGCCAGAGGGAUAUGCCCGCCUUCAGCCCAGGUUGGCCCGGUCAUUCCUCCGGAGAUGAUGGCCGUGAUCGGUCCCGUGGACACAGAUCCUAAUGCCCAUUGGGCUGAGCAGAUCUUCUCGCUCCCCCUCCCUUCGCGAACGGCCCUCAAACAUAUCAAGCCGUCCACAUCUUGGGGUCCUCACCAACCCUUGGGUACUCCUCUGAAUACCCCCAAGGAGUCGCAGAUCCUCUUCAGACGGCCUUUCGAUGACGAUCGCCUUUCUCUCGUGGUCUAUCUCAAUCUCGCCAACCAAUGCGCCUUUCUCCUUAUCCGCACCUUCCAUAUGAACACGCCAUGGUUUUCCCUGAGAGGGGCCCACGAGCUCUGCAUUCAUCGCGAGGGCAGCGCGCUUCAGCUCCGCCGUUGGAGCCAGACCGCACAAUGUUCCAAACCAUGGGCGUCACUCUACUUUCAGACGUGGGAAGAGAUGGUCCUCUUCCACAGUACCUUCGUGUCCUUGAAGGCGCGCAACGCGCUGACGGUCGAUGUCAGGGCGGAUGAGUACAAGCUGGCAGGCGAGCGAAGGCUCUUCCAGGCGCAAAUUAUUGAUGACGGCUACCGGCACUCCCUCAUUGUAUUCCAGGACAUGCAAACCAAGGGCAUUCGUCUCCACGCGGCCGUCUGGGAUGGUGAACUUCGGCGGUGCCCCGUUUGGACAGCUUUCGUGACCCACCAGUCCGCAUCCCCAACCUGGCUCCAGCGCAAAUCUCGACACCGCGUCUGGCUCAAGGACAUCCAGCUAUACGUCUUCUGCCAGCGGUACCGCCAGCAAAACCAGCGCCGCGGCCGCGCCGGCGCCUUCGAGAUCUUCUUCUCCUCCCCCGAGGCCGCCGCGCGGUUCUGCGAGGUGUUCUACGGCUCGUCCGCCGGCGCCACCACCGACGACGACGCCGCCUCCGUGCCUCAGGUGGAGGAUAGGGCCGUCCCUGCCGUCAUGUCCGCCUCAGUCGAGGAAGCUGAUGCCGAGUAGUGUGAUGGAGGGGUCAACCGCUGACACCAUUGCGAAAAUGGAGAUUUCAGAUGCUUUUUUUUUUUUUUUUUACUGGUCUUUCUCUCCUUCUUUGUUGCUCUUGAUCUUUCGUCUGCCUUGCCCCCUUUGUCGUUCCAUGGUUCCCAAACCCCUCUUCUCAAAGAAAGGCAUUUUUAUCGAAUGUUGAAAAUCCCAUUGGCAGGCAGGCUGACUUGUUGA